ACAGAAAACAAAUGUAUAUGGGAAAGUUUACAAUAAUCCUUAAACUUAUGCACCAAAAAUGUAAUUUCGCUCAUCCUUAGUACCCUUCGGAAAUCUCACAGUUUGCUGUAAUGUGGCCGUCGGCGACUUGGCGCUGAAGCCUGAAACUGAUUGUCAAGCAAAUAGAGCAUAUAAAAGAAAGGCGCGCAGCAAAUUCAAUAGCUGGCAACGGCGAUUUGUAGAAGAAGUUGAAGCCUUCGCACUGUUCUCGGGCGCCGCUCGAUUGUUUCCGCCGUCAGUGUCCUUGCCUACCUUCGUCUCGUUCCUUGCGCAGCUACCUUCAGUUGCCCCCUGAAAGUCUUCCUACUGGUAAGAGUAGCUCUUUUCUUAGGAACCCAGUAUCUGUGUUUCAAUAAAGUCUUGAUUUUUCAUUGAAAUUGUCCCAGUUCAGUUUGUGAGCCCCCUAUUUAUGCCAGCAUGAAAUUUUUGAAGUUCAGCAGGUCAUAUUACCGAAAAUUUUCAUUAGGGUUCUUGUGUUUGUUAAAUAAAUGAUCUAUGCAUUUUCUUUUCAUGUAAUUUAAUUCGGUUUCAGGCUUUUGAUUUAUCUCCAGUGACUGUAAACUCUUUGCAGUUACAUACUGAUUAGUUGUAGCAGUAUGGUUAACCUUUUUCUCACAGUGACUAAUGGUUGCAAGUUUGAUCCAUGCAUGUUCUGGAAAAUCAGAAUACAUAACUGGAGAACUUGUUUAUCAGUUAAUUAGAGAGUUAUAGGGUGAGGGAGAGUUAGCAAUGGAGGAAAGUUUUCUCAAACAACAAGAUGAGCCAUGGCGGAUCCUCGAAUUCUAUAGUGGCAUUGGUGGCAUGAGGUAUUCUCUAAUGAAGGCUGGCGUGAAAGCAGAAGUAAUGGAAGCAUUUGACAUUAAUGACACAGCCAAUGAUGUUUAUGAGCACAAUUUCCGACAUCGCCCUUAUCAGGGUAAUAUCCAGAGUUUGACUUCUUCUGAUCUUGAUAGCUACCGUGCCGAUGCAUGGCUUCUUUCACCUCCUUGUCAACCCUACACCAGACAAGGUCUGCAGAAGCACUCAGGUGAUGCUAGGGCCUUUUCAUUUCUCAGGAUUCUUGAACUUAUACAAGAGGCAAAACGGCCUCCAAGUAUGCUGUUUGUGGAAAAUGUUGUAGGAUUUGAGACGUCUGACACACGAGCAAAAAUGAUUGAGAUAUUAGUGAAUUCAGGUUUCAUCACCCAAGAAUUUAUUUUGAGCCCUUUACAGUUUGGUGUGCCUUAUUCCAGGCCACGCUACUUUUGCUUGGCCAAACGAAAACCUUUAUCCUUCCAGCACCAAGUCUUUAAUAAUCGGCUCAUCUGGUCUCCUAUCCCAUUACUUCAGUGUAAUGCAAAUAUUCUACUCGGUCAACUCGAGGAACCACCAGAAAGCUUGGACAAGUUGCUGGAUUCCUGUGAACCUGUAGAAUGUUUUCUUGAGUUCAAGGGCUUGAGCGACCUGGUAGAUGCAGAAGGAAGAACCACAACCAGUACUUCUGCUGUUGAUUUUGGAGCAGUGGAGCAUGGCAGUGGAAGCCUUAGCAUGUUGGACCAGUAUUUGGUUCCACAAAAUCUGAUCGAUAGGUGGGGCAGUGCUAUGGAUAUCGUCUAUCCUGAUUCAAAGCGUUGCUGUUGUUUUACAAAGAGUUAUUAUAGAUAUGUGAAAGGCACUGGAUCGCUUUUGGCUACUAUCCAGCCAGUGGAAAAGGGUAAAACUUGUCCGCUGAAGGAGCAAGGACUUAGAUACUUCACUCCGAGAGAGGUCGCCAAUAUGCAUUCCUUCCCUGUGGAGUUCCAGUUCCCUGAGCACAUAACCCUCAAACAACGUUAUGCGUUGCUGGGGAAUAGUUUAAGCGUAGCAGUCGUCGGUCCGCUGCUCAGUUACCUAUUCAGGGAGCCAUCGUGAAGUUUUGAAACGCAAAUCUGUGUUCUACAGAUGUAAAAUUGCUCCAACGGCCAAGCCAUGAUCAGGCAUAUCACCCCUUGUGGAUUAGAUGUUGAUGCAAACAUAGAAAGAAGAAGGGUGGGGAACAGAAUGUCAAUGGUUCAGCUUUGUUAUUGUGCCUUUUGGCGUUGGGCUGCUGGGCACCUACGACCUGGAAUGCCACAUGCGUCAGUCUCUUAAUUAUUAGUUUUCUAACUCGAGUUUUUUGUGGGUUUCUAUUGAAGUCAAUGACUGGUAUGUUUAACUUAACAAAAUUGCUGAAUGGGAUCUAGUGUGAUUUGAAUUUGAAUUACUUAGGUUUCUGAACCAGAUAGGGCUACUAGUACAUGCAGAAAAAAGAAGCCAUUAAAUUAUAUCUGGCUCCUUCCUUCCCUGUCCCUGGAGAUAUAAGAAGCCAUUAAAUCUAUGGGAAUAGC